AUGCGUGUAAUCAAGAAGAAAACCCUAAUGGAUAAGCUACAUGUUCUGCUCUCUGAGGAGGAAGCUUUCUGGAGACAGAGAGCAAAGGUCCAGUGGUUGAAGGAGGGUGACAGCAACACAUGUUUUUUCCACCUUAAGGCAGCAAACCGGAAACGUAAAAAUGUGAUACAUGGUCUAUACGAUGAGAAUGGGGUUUGGCGUGAUGAUGAUAAGGGAAUGGAACAAAUUGUGACCUCCUAUUUUACACAGAUGUUCACCGCGUCCCCAAUUGAUAUGGAAGCCAUGCACCAUACUUUGGAAGCCAUUCAACCAUGUGUUUUGGAGGAAAUGAACUCUCAACUUUGUAGGAAUUAUACAGAAGAAGAAAUACGUGAAGCACUGUUCCAAAUGUAUCCCACAAAGUCCCCAGGACCAGAUGGAAUGCCUCCAUUGUUUUUUCAACAUUAUUGGGAUACUAUUGGCAAGGAUGUAACAGAAGCUGUUCAGAAUUUUUUACAUACAGGUAAUCUUUUGAAACAAGUGAACUUUACCCAUAUUUGCUUAAUUCUGAAAGUGAGCAAUCCGGAAAGAAUGUCAGAUUUGAGACCCAUAGAUCUUUGCAAUGUGAUAUAUAAGAUUUGCUCAAAGGCUAUUGCAAACAAGCUUAAGAUAAUUUUACCUUCAAUUAUAUCUCCAUUCCAAUCUGCUUUUGUGUCGGGCCGAUUAAUCACUGACAAUAUUCUUGUGGCAAAUGAAGUUGCGCAUUUUGUACACAAUAAAAGAGAGGGUCAAGAGGGAGUUAUGGCCUUGAAGUUAGAUUUGAGCAAGGCAUAUGACAGGAUGGAGUGGUUUUUCUCCGGAAAGGGCAAGCCUAGAGGUUAUGUGUCACCUAGAAGAGGUUUGAGACAGGGAGAUCCCUUAUCUCCCUAUCUCUUUUUAAUUGGUGCUGAAGGCUUUUCGGCACUUCUGCAAAAGAAUAUGCUAUAUGCUCAGGCGUCCCUUGAAGCUUGUUAUGAGAUUCAGGAUGUAAUUGAAACAUAUGGGAGGGCUUCAGGGCAGCUGGGGAACUUUAAUAAAAGUUCAGUUGUUUUUAGCAAGAAUGUUCAUCUUGAAUUGCAAGAAGAAGUGUCCUCUUUGUUGGGAGUGGAAGUAGUAGAGUCACAUGAACGGUAUUUGGGGUUGCCGACUUAUGUUGGCAUAAAGAAAAUGGCAACUUUUCAAUAUAUCAAAGACAAUUUGGCUAAGAAACUCAAAGGUUUUGGUGGGGAAGCACAGAGGAUAAAAGAAAAAUACAUUGGAAAGCAUAGGAUGCUCUUUGCCUACCUAAAGAAGAAGGAGGCUUGGCGAGUUAUUUCAGCUCCGGCCUCACUUAUAGCUAGAGUCUACAAGGCCAAGUAUUUUCCAGAGGGUUCUUUUUGGUCAGUUACUGCUCAUAAUGCUCCUUCUUACUCUUGGAGGAGUAUCUUUGCUACGAGAGAGUUGCUAAAGGCAGGGUCCUAUUUGCAGAUUGGAUCGGGGACUAAGUUGCAGGUAAAUGAUAAUUUGACUGUUAAUGAAUUGAUGAGGGCGCAAGGUGUGUGGCAUGAGGAACGGGUUCGAGCUUUGUUUAAUGGGGCUGAAGCUGAAGCUAUUCUUGCAAUUCCUUUGUCUACUCGUCAAGUUGAUGAUAGGCUAGUUUGGAAGCUUGAGAAUAGAGGCAGUUUUACGGUUAAAACUGCUUACCGUUUUGCUUAUUCUAAUUCUAUAGAAAGGGUAAAUGUUUUGGGGAAUGGUACAUCUUGCUUUUGGAAAAAGAUUUGGCAUGCUAGGAUCCUAAAUACAACUAAGGUGACCAUUUGGAAAAUAUGUCAGAAUAUACUUCCCACAAAGGAUCGACUAGUACCUAAACAAGUUCAGAUUGAAUCUCAAAGUUGUGUGCUAUGUGAUGACAAUGAUGAAACAAUACUACAUUUGUGUAGGAACUGUUCUUACUCGAGACUUAUCAUUGGUUCCAAUUUAAUACUGAGGCAGACUUGUUUUACCUCGGCAACAGAUGAGAUGACUGCUGUGGCUUGGCUUAACUACUGUUCUACAAGGUUAGAUGCUACUCAUUUCUCACUCUUAAUUUUCUUGUUAUGGAGUGUGUGGAAGGAGAGAAAUUGUAGAGUUUGGGAUGGAAAGACCAAGAAUGCUUGUGAUGUGGUGUUAAUGGCUACUUCCAGACUAAAGGAUUAUAUUUUUCAUAACCAAAAGAGGAUGGAAGGUGCAAGGCAGAGUGAGACGGUCACAAAAUGGAGGUGCCCUCCGAGUGGUUGCGUAAAAAUAAAUGUGGAUGGGGCAUUCAACCCGCAGACCAAAACAGGGGGUACCGGGUUGGUGUUCAAGGAUGCUUUUGGACAUUUGUUAACUGGGAUUGGUAGACCACUUGUUGGUUUAUUAUCAACAGAGCACGCUGAGCUGCUUGCUUGUAAAUGUGCAGUGGAGUUUAUUAUAUAUGGAGCAAGUUACUCAACCUAUGAUUUUGGAAACGGAUUCUUUGGUUGUGCAACAACAAUUGACCACUGCAGGGGACUCCAAUUCUUCUCUGUUGGGACGUGUACGUUUAUGAGGAUUUAA